AUGUCGUCGCCGCCACAACGUAGGCAACGAAACUCGCAGUCUGCGACACCUCGUCGCUCUGCGCGCCAGUCCUCUGCCAAUGUGCCCUCGUCGCCCGGCCGUGGUGAUGUCCAGCGCGAUGCCAUAGGCGACGUGUCGUCGCCUUUGCGCCAGAUGACGGACAGCCAAAGCACGCACGCUCGCAAUGAUGCUCCUCCGAGCUCACCGCUCCUCCAGAUGAGCGACACACAGUCGGUCGUGGACGACCAGGCUACUCCUCGAGCUAGACACACCCUUCUCGGAGAAUCAUCCCCCCUCAGAUUUGACCCGAGCUCGAGCCCUGGACGCUCACUACGACAUCAAUCCGAACUGCGCAGUGAGAGCAGUGGCUUGUUCCUCGGGUCCGACGCCGGCAGUACUGCCUCGCGCAGACGUGGUGACAUCAACUCCGAUGCUCUUCGGACCCCUCGUGUGCCACGCCGUGUCAUUCUUGACGAGAGCGGGCGAGUUGUUCGCGAGGGCCCUGUUGACGGUUCCGAUGCUCCCUCUUACGCUAAUCGCGACACAAACACUUCCGAGGCCGACAUUCUUGGUGGACAAGGCCAGAGUCUCAUCUGGGGAACGACGGUUUCUAUUGAUGACACUUUCGCGGCUUUCAAAGAGUUUUUACGCAAUUUCACCCAAAAGUACCGCCUGUAUCGUGACGGUUUCUCAGAUGCGGAAGUGCGCGCCGACCCAGACGCCGAGGUCAAGCCUUAUCAGGAGGCUCUUGAAAACAUGCUUCUUCUUGGCACUACGCGACUCUACAUUGACAUCUCCGACCUCAAUCUUUACCCUCCCACAAGAAAGCUCUGGCACCAGAUCCAGGCUUAUCCCCAAGAAAUCGUUCCUGUCAUGGAUCAGUCUGUGCACGAUCUCAUGGUUGAGAUUGCCCGUGCUGAGGAUCGAAACAGACCAACUCAGAGCAGCAACGGGCAGGGCGAGUCUCAGCAGAGCAGACAGAGCUCGGAACCAGUAUUUCCAAGCUCUGAUAGACCAGAUGAGCCUGCUACUCCCCGGCCAACACAAGACCCCCAGCCCUCGCUCGAAGACCAGGUUGCUUCGUCCAUUUACGUUGUUCGUCCUUUUGGCCUGGAUAAGACGACCAAUUUGAGAGAUCUCAACCCAUCCGACAUGGACCGCCUUAUCUGCGUCAAGGGACUCGUCAUUCGUACGACUCCCGUCAUUCCUGAUAUGAAGGAUGCCUUCUUCCGAUGCAACAUUUGCAACCACUCUGUCAACGUCGGCCUCGACCGUGGAAAAAUUCGCGAACCCACCGAGUGUCCCCGCCGUAUCUGCAGUUCUAAAAACUCGAUGCAAAUUGUUCACAAUCGCUGCUCUUUCGAGGAUAAGCAGGUAAUCAAGCUACAAGAGACCCCCGAUGUUGUGCCUGCAGGCCAGACACCCCACUCGGUGUCUGUCUGCGUUUAUAAUGAGCUGGUCGAUUUUUGCAAGGCCGGCGACCGCGUCGAGCUUACUGGCAUUUUCCGCGUCAGCCCUGUUCGCGUGAACCCUCGUCAACGCGCUGUCAAGAGUGUGUACAAGACCUAUGUCGACGUUCUUCACGUGCAAAAGGUAGACAAGAAGCGUAUGGGCGUCGACGCAUCAACCCUCGGCGUCGAGGGCGAUGAAGACGCUGACAGAGGCGCAAAUGACAUUCAAGAGACUCGUACCAUCUCUCCGGAGAAUGAGCAAAAGAUUCGUGAAACUGGCGCGCGAGAAGACAUCUACGACCUUCUCUCUAGAUCUCUCGCCCCAUCUGUCUACGAAUUAGACGAUGUCAAGAAGGGCAUACUGCUCCAGCUCUUUGGUGGCACAAACAAGACCUUUGAAAAAGGCGGUAGCCCCAAAUACAGAGGCGACAUCAACGUCUUGCUUUGUGGUGAUCCUUCGACGUCCAAGUCUCAGAUUCUUGCAUACGUCCACAGAAUCGCUCCGCGCGGUGUCUACACCAGUGGCAAAGGUUCUUCGGCUGUUGGCUUGACUGCCUACGUUACUCGUGACCCUGAAACCAAGCAGCUCGUCCUUGAAUCUGGAGCUCUGGUCCUAUCUGAUGGUGGUGUCUGCUGUAUUGACGAGUUUGACAAGAUGUCCGACGCCACUCGUUCCGUUCUUCACGAAGUGAUGGAGCAGCAGACUGUUUCCGUCGCCAAAGCUGGUAUCAUUACCACUCUCAAUGCCAGAACUAGUAUUCUUGCUUCUGCCAACCCCAUUGGUAGCAGAUAUAACCCCGACAUGUCGGUGCCUCAGAACAUCGACCUGCCGCCUACGCUUCUUUCCCGUUUCGAUCUUGUGUAUCUGAUGCUGGACCAAGUCGAUGAGAAGAUGGACAGACGUCUGGCCAAGCACUUACUGUCUCUGUACAUUGAAGACAAGCCUCAGUCUGCCCCAUCCUCUCUGGAUAUUCUUCCCGUCGAGUUCCUCACCAUGUACAUUUCCUAUGCCCGCUCUAAUAUCCAGCCUACGAUCUCUGAGGAGGCAGGCAAGGAGCUCGUUGAGUGCUAUAUUGCCAUGCGUGCUCUCGGCCAAGACGUCCGCGCUGCCGAGAAGCGAAUUACUGCCACCACCCGACAGCUCGAGUCGAUGAUUCGUCUCGCCGAGGCCCAUGCCAAGAUGCGCCUGUCCGAGGUCGUCACGCGCGAAGACGUCCAGGAAGCGAACCGUCUCAUCCAGAGCGCGCUCAAGACUGCCGCCACUGAUGCUCAGGGCCGCAUCGACAUGAGCCUCCUAACUGAGGGCACCAGCGCCGUCGACCGCAAGCGCAAGGCCGAGCUCAAGGACGCAACUCUUCGACUACUCGAUGAAAUGACCUCGGCGGGCAAUGCCGUUCGAUGGAGCGACGUGGCGCGCCGUUUGGGCGAGAACUCGAGUAUCCCGGUUGAGCAGGCUGAUUUCACUGAGGCCAUGCGGGCACUGGAGGCGGAGAACGCCAUCACCAUCACUGGUGACGGUGCUAGAAGAAGUGUCCGACGAGUCACUGCUGUGGUCUGA